GAGUUAUUUGUAUUAUCGAAGAGAAGAGAAGAGGGAGGGCAGCUGUCGGGUCUCUGAGGGGGUGUGUGUGUGUUGUGUAUAUGUGUGUAUGCAAGCAAGAAAGCUAGCAAGCUGGCGGAAUUCAACAUGGCAUCCGGUGAAACGCUGUAUAUCGAGACAGACGGCUCGGAGAUGCCGGCGGAAAUAGUAGAACUUCACGAAAUAGAAGUGGAGACAAUUCCGGUGGAAACGAUUGAGACCACGGUGGUCGGUGGCGACGACGAUGAUGAGGACGACGACGAGGACGACGACGACGAGCACCAGCCCAUGAUCGCGCUGCAGCCGCUCGUAACAGACGACCCGAGUCAGGUCCAUCAUCAGGAGGUGAUCCUGGUGCAGACCCGGGAGGAAGUAGUCGGUGGGGAUGAGUCCGAUUUGCGGACAGACGAUGGGUUUGAGGACCAGAUCCUCAUCCCGGUGCCUGCUCCCGGUUCCGAAGAGGAGUACAUCGGACAGACUCUGGUCACGGUAGCCGGGAAGAGUUCCGUGGGCCGGAUGAAGAAAGGGGGAAGCGGUGGGAAGAAAGCGGGUAAAAAGACAUACCUGAGCGCCGGCGAAGCCACCGGGAGAAAAUGGGAGCAAAAACAAGUGCAGAUAAAGACGCUCGAAGGCGAAUUCUCCGUGACAAUGUGGGCGUCGGAUGAUAAAAAGGACAUUGACCAUGAAACAGUGGUGGAGGAGCAGAUUAUUGGAGAGAACUCUCCUCCAGAUUACUCUGAAUACAUGACUGGAAAAAAGCUUCCUCCUGGUGGCAUCCCGGGCAUCGACCUCUCUGACCCCAAACAGCUCGCAGAAUUUGCCAGUAACAAUAGCAGCUCUUUGGGUCACACCUCACUACGAAUGAAACCACGAAAGGUCAAAGAGGAUGAUGCGCCCAGAACAAUAGCCUGUCCCCACAAAGGAUGCACUAAGAUGUUCAGGGAUAACUCUGCAAUGAGGAAGCACCUCCACACCCACGGGCCCCGGGUUCAUGUGUGCGCGGAGUGCGGGAAAGCCUUUGUAGAGAGUUCAAAACUAAAGCGCCACCAACUUGUUCACACCGGAGAAAAACCUUUCCAGUGCACUUUUGAAGGCUGCGGGAAACGCUUCUCCCUGGACUUUAACCUCCGCACUCAUGUACGAAUUCACACCGGAGACCGCCCGUACGUCUGUCCUUUCGAUGGCUGCAAUAAAAAGUUUGCUCAGUCUACCAAUCUUAAGUCGCACAUCCUAACACAUGCGAAAGCUAAAAACAACCAAUGAGCAGCUCUGUUCUGCAUUUUUUGUUUUUUUGUUUGUUUUUGGUUUUUUUUUUUCCCUUUUCUUUUUUUCCUUUUACACCUGAAUCCAGCCUCAACGUGACAGCAUCUUAAAACACUGGAGGUAUGAACUGUGCUCUUCUGUAGUUCUCCUAAGGAGUGCGGAAGUGACGACCCAAAGGAUUUGGGGGUUUAAUUAUGGCAUAUUGUAAAAGACACAAAGUGAAACAUUGGUAACCCCUUUAUUCUUGAAUCAGCCCGCUAAGCGUGUGGCCUUUACUGAGGAGCAGAGCACGGCCGUGUCGGGCCCAGCUGCCCAUCCCACGUUGUGAUGGCUUACUGCAGCCAACAGAACGAUGGAACUCAUGGACACUCAUCUGUAGACAUUUUGCUUUUUACCACAGUAAGGAAAAGGAACGUUUUUGGCAGUUGCUCCAUUUCUUUUCACUAUUGCAUAAAAUUUCACCAGUCUGCAUAGAUAUAGCUUUUAAUUUUGUAUUUUUUCUAAGUGUGCAUAUUGUACACUUAUUUUUGGAAUGUACUUAGUAAUGGAACCUUGUGAUUAUUCUUUAUCCCUGAGGACUUAAGGCUUUGCUUAGGGCGUGUUCUUGAAAGGGUUGAUUUAUAGUUACUGUAAGACAAUACUUCAAAAGUAUUUUAUGUAAAAAAAAAAAAAUUUUUUUUUUCCCUUCCAUUUUCUCUUUGGUUGUAAUCUAACCAUUGAAUAACCUUGUAUUACGUGUAUUGUAUGGCUGUAUGAAGAUCAUGUAGAAAUGGACAGCAGCGUGAUUUCAGACGUUUACUGCUUUAAAGCAUUCAGUCAUCAGUCGCUUUCCGUUUUGUCACAUUGUCUCACGUGGCAAAGAAAAUUUUUCACUUUUAAGCCCAUAUAUUAAACCACAUCUCACAAUAAACCACAAUGUGAGAGUUUGUUUUUCUUUGUUUGUAAUGUAUUGUAAAGGCCUAAAUCAUGAAAUAUUCUUUGUUAAUAAU